AGGGUUGCGCACAAGACAGCCCCGCGAUCUGCGUUGAGCUCCGCAGAGUCCCGUGAGCGGCGGGACACCGGGAGUCAAACACUGAUCAACACGGACCUUUCCCUCCGCCGCAGCGCUCGCUUCGCUUGCAUCCAGCAUCCCCCUCCCCCACAACCCACCCGCCAAAGUCUCUCCGGGCUCGUUACGCACGGCUUUUACGCACAGUCCAUGAGCGGAACUUGACUCGCGCUCCGCGUUUUCACCGACGCGCGCGGACCACGCUACAACUUCCCACUCCCACAGGUGUGAUGGUGUCGAGCCAGCGAACUGAAGGGAUGAGCGAGCCGGUCCGCUCCGCGUUCUGCUGAAAGGGGAAAAGUCCAACCAGCACGGACGAUGGAAAGUAGUUGCCUGCAGCCGCGAGCCGCGCCGCGUGCCAAAAUGAGCUUUAACCGGCAAAGCUGGAUGAUCCUAUUGUUGGUGUUUGCAACUAUAUCAGCGGUACUCACACAAGAUCCAAACAGCAAGGAACUCACUGAUACUAAGAGUCCAGUGCCUUUCCCUGUCUUCCUGCCGGUCAACUAUGAGGUACGGGACGCCGACUACCUCUUCCUUAAGGAGGCUGGACAGGACUUCAUGAGGAACUCCAGCAUGCAGAGUCACACGCAGCCCUUCGUUCUCUUAAGAGCCAGCCGCCAGCCAGCUGUCAACGCCAGCUACGGCCCCGUGUCCACAGAGAGACUGGUGCCUCUGGAUCUGGUGCAGUCGGUGCAGCUCUUCAACGCCCCAGAUGUCUUCACAUUCAACUGGAAAAUCCAGGCCUUCGUGCUGACGCCUCGGGUUUUCUCCUCCAAACCCAAAGUCCGGGUGCUCUUCUACGUCGCAGGGAGGGAUUGGGCCAGAAGCGAGGGCGCCUUGGACGAGCUACCAUGUGUGACGGUUUAUGCUUUCUGGCAAACGCAGGAGGUGAGGGGUUCUUGCGCCAUAGGAGGCGAGAGGGGAACUUGCAUGGCCGAGCUUCUGCCUGAGCCGGGGUGGUUUGCUGCGGGGUCGGAGGGCACCGGCAGGGAAAGGCAGGAUCCAUCUGCUGGGAACUCGGUGGAGCUGUACUACCAGGCUCGGCCCAGGGUCAACGGGAAGUGCUUUUCUGUGAACGGAAGCCGGUGGAGCAGCUCGGCGCCGCCGGCUGAGUACGUUCCCGUGACUCCCAUGCAGAGGAUCGGAAGCGUGCAGCUCCUGCAGAUUCCCAAGGGGAUGGCCACUCUGUCCCGCCUCAAGCUCGGGAACGCCAUCGUCAUCCGGACGUCGUCCAAACCUCUGAAAAAGACCGACAUCGCCACCUUCUACAUACUGAUGGCCAGCUCUGCUCAGCUGACUAACUUCACUCUCAGAGCAUCAGUAAAGAAAGGUGUGACCUUUCGAACAGCAACACCCAGCAACUCCUUACUGUGGGACAUCACGCUGGAUAUGGGAGCAGAUGGAGCCAUUGCUGUGAUUUGUCAGAGAAAGGCCCCCAUCCCCGGGAAAAGACUUGAAAGCAGUCUGCUGGAGGUGCUUCAGAUGGACUUUGAGGUUGAGGAACUGAGCAGUCCCGUUGACAGCCAGGUGAUCGUAUGGAAGCUGGAGCUGCCAUCUGCGCCCAAAACCGUCGCCAAGACCGAAGGAGCCAUGAGGAUUUACACAACUCAGAGAGACUUUGUUGGCCUCGCUCCUCUUGUGAUGGACACGGAGAUCCUGAACACCGCCGUGCUGACUGGAAAGAAAGUAGUGAUGCCCGUGAGGACGGUGGCUGUGGAAGAAGAUGGAUUGGUCACUGAUGUCUCCGACUACACAGACUGCAGCUCCUCUGACGAAGAUGUUCUCAAGGUGUCAGACAGAUGCGACUACGUCUUUGUGAAUGGCAAGGAGACGAAAGGCAAGGUGAAGAUGGUAGUAAACUUCACCUACAGCUACCUGAGUGCUCAGCUCGAACUAAACGUGUGGAUGCCUCAGCUUCCUCUGCAGAUUGAGUUGUCAGACACAGAACUGAGUCAGAUUAAAAGCUGGAGAGUUCCAAUCCUGACCUCAAAAAGGUCUGGCUGGAACAGUGAGGAGACUGAACGGAAAGGGAAAGGCUGCAUGCUCCAGCUUCAACACGCGCUUGUGCGGGUUCUAACCCAUUUUGUGGCUGAGCAGGAAGACCCGCGGGACCCUACUGCCUAUUUCCUGGGCUCUGAUUGGCAGGUGGAUAUUACAAGGCUGGUUCGAUACUUCAUGAAGGUCGAGGACCCUAGAGUCGCAAGACUUCAGGAAGGAAGGGUGCUCUCAGGACGAGACUUUGGGACCACAAACAUCCAGGUGUUUUCUCCACUGUCGGAUGUUGUCUUGGCAAAGACGACAGUCAAAGUUGUGGAUGACAAAGUGAGCAUCACAGAGUUGGGUGUUCAAGUGGUUUCUGGACUCUCUAUGACGUUACAACGCAGCUCAGGAAGUAGCAGGGCCAUCUUGGCUACAACAACCACACAAGAGGUUCUACAAAGCCCGAAGCAGGAAGCUUUGGUCAGUUCGUGGGUCCAGUUUAGUGAUGGCAACCAGACGCCUCUUGACAUUUAUGAUCCAACCAACUACCGACUGACCGUGACAUCUCUUGAUCAGGGCGUGGUGUCAGUGCAGGGCAGACCUCCUCUUGUAGUGGCAGAGGGUGAGGGCGAAGGAGUCCUGGUUAGAGUAGAGAUGUCCAUCUGCGAAUCCUGCCAAAAGUCUAAACGCAAAAGUACCGUGUCUGUGGGCAAUGGCAGCCUUAAGGUCAAGUUUCAGGCCAACACUCGGCGGCCUGGUGGAGCAACCCGCAGCGUAGACCGGAGCUCUGUUGGCAACAAAGACGGCAGCAAUGACUAUGGCAACGACGGGGAAGAGACGGAUGUCGAGAGAAAGCAGCGGAGGCCAUCACAGUUUCUUCCUUCAAGUAUCCCAAAUUCAAACAAAGAGGAGAGUGCUAUUCAGAAGAUCCCGACCACAAUCAGAUCUACUGUGAGAACUAUGACUAGCGGCAGUCUCGGAGGGGUGGGCAAGACGAAAGGACCAGAAAACACCGGCAGUCCAACCAGCGUAGUGAAUGUCAGCCUCAUGAGCAGCCCCAGAGAAGGCAGCAAAGUAUUCAGCUCAGACAAUAUGAUAGUGGAAGACAUGAGCAGUGUUAGUUUUACUAGCACUGUGAAAGCCCCUGGGAAUCUGGUCAACUACAACGACUUCCCCACCAAGGUGGAGAUCCCCAGACCCAAAAUGCCGGAGGUAGAAAGCGGUGAAGAAGCUUUGGCCAACAGGCCUCUCACAGACUUGGAGAUCGGCAUGUACGCCUUGCUGGGUGUGUUUUGCCUGGCCAUCUUGGUGUUCCUCGUGAACUGCAUCUCGUAUGUUGUGAAGUUCAGGCAUAAGAAGCCUCCCUCUCAUGGCCAGGAGCCCACAGGGCACAGGCAUGACUGGGUCUGGCUCGGCACAGACGCCGAGCUGGUGAUGACUGUGCCGUGCAGUCCAGUGCAGCAAGACUCGCACACGGCGACCACUGUGAUUGACAUUGGGCCCGACAAGACUGCCUCUCUCUCCAGGAGGCCCAGUUGCCUGGCCUCCGUAACAGAGUCUCCCCUCAGCUGUGCCAGCUCCCAUCGGACCAAACCCAUACAAAGCGAAUCCCUUCACUCGCCCACCAGCAAGAGAAAGAGAGUUCAGUUCACCACGUUCUCCACACUGGAGCGCCAGCAUUCGCCACACCUCUCACCCAAGGAAAACGGCCACGGCAUCCACUGGGUCGGAAAGGAAGAGUGUAGUGGGGAGGAACCUCAAGUGCCCAUCAUAAAGCCUGGGGACCACUUAUAACACAGAACCCGGCCAGACCUCACAUGUACAGCAGAUGUGGCUUCGAUCACCUCAAUGCCUUUGUCGAGAAAAUGGGAUUUUGUAUCAGGCCUCCUCAACAUUUCAUUGCCCAUUUAGGCCUUUUACGUGUACAUGUCUUGUAUAUUGUAUAUACUUAAUAUAGGAGAAUGGAUAUAUGUGGUAAUGCUACAAAUGGCUGAGCAGAUGCAUUAUUGUAUAGACAAUAUUUAAAGCCACAACGUGUUCAUGCUGCAUGAGGCGCCCUUGAUGCACCACACUCUAAAAAAUACUGAGGAAAAAGAAAAGCGAAAUAUUUAAAAAUAAAACUCAAACGUAAAUUAACACCUACAACACCGAGUUCAG